CCUGACUCCUCCCUCAGUUCAGCCUGGUGUCCACUCAGCCUCCCUCUGCCUCUUCUCAUCAGACCAGUGUCUCUCCUCAACUCGCACAUCUUUUAAUACCACCGAGAGGAUCAGCCUUUCACCUCACGACAGAAUGCCUUUCGGAGGAGGAAACAAGUGCGGCUGCUGCCAGAAAACCGUCUACUUUGCUGAGGAAGUGCAGUGCGAGGGGAAGAGCUGGCAUAAAUCCUGUUUUCUGUGCAUGGUCUGUAAGAAGAACUUAGACAGCACAACAGUGGCCGUCCACGUGGAUGAGAUCUACUGCAAAUCAUGCUAUGGCAAGAAAUACGGGCCAAAAGGCUACGGCUUCGGGGGAGGAGCCGGCACUCUGAGUAUGGACACAGGAGAGGGACUUGGGAUCAAGCCUGAAGUACAAGCUCCUCAUCGCCCUUCAAACAAUCCCAACGCCUCAAAGUUCGCCCAGAAAGCAGGGGGCUCAGAUGUGUGUCCUCGAUGUGGGAAAACAGUGUACGCUGCUGAGAAGGUUGUCGGAGGAGGCAAUUCUUGGCAUAAAGGCUGUUUUCGCUGUGCCAAGUGUGGCAAAGGACUGGAGUCCACGACCCUCGCCGAUAGAGACGGGGAGAUCUUCUGUAAAGGUUGCUAUGCAAAGAACUUCGGUCCCAAAGGGUUUGGCUUUGGUCAGGGUGCAGGAGCUCUGGCUCAUUCCCAGUAAAGCCUGAAGCCUCGGCCCACCUGGGACAGACAUGGCUCUGAUAUCAACGCUUCCAGGAUCCUCCCGUCAAUAUUUAGCUUACUUUACGCUCCCCCUUCACUCCAGCUAAAGGCACAGAGGAGCAAAUGAGGCACUUCUUUUUUUUUUUUUGCCUCUGUUGGAUUUAAAUCUGGUUUACGAUGUCCUAGUUUUUGACUGCUUAAAAAGAACAAGAUAUGCUUAAACACACUAACUCUGUUUGGAUGUUCACAUUGUGUUUAAACUAAGUGGUUAACUGAAAGUUGGCUCCAUUCUGAACAAAUUAAAAAACUGUUUAAAACACUAAAGAGACACUGUACUAAGUUUGGCAAAUGUUGAGUUUGAUAAACAUCUGUAUCAGUCGGCGUCUGAGCGAGAACAAAAUAAGAUCAACAUGUUUCUGACACCUUCGGAAAAAGCUGGCUCACAUCCUGCUUCAGUUACUCUCAAGAUAAAGCUUUCCUUUCUGCCUUACAUGUCAAACCCUCUACAUAUCGUCUUAACAUAUGAUUUAUUGCUGAGACGCAAAAUAAAAACAAUGGAAAAUGU